AUGACGCAGUCACUGGAGGUUGUCGGCUUGGUCCCAAGGGAUUCGAUUUCUGUGCUGAAGAGAGCUGGAGGAAGCUUCUUGGCGGAAACAGCGGGUCGAUGUGCCAAAACCAAAUACGCCGCCUCAACCAAUUUUGUGGGAUCCUGUGUUCCUUCAAGUUUCUCGUCGCAACAAUCCCGACAGGACCUUUACAAAGAGACCUUCUUUGGGUGUGGUGGUACCAGGUACGACUGCGGAAACAGAGUGGUCAAGGUCCUCCUCCCAAAUGUUACUCAAAGCAAUAACGCAAAUUGA